UGGGGGCUACAAAAUCAAAAGAAGAGGUUAUCAUCGCACAAACUGCGGCCGGAGGUGACAAUAAGGCUUCUGCGGGCACCGACGAACUUCGAUUCCACGCAAGUACCACUAAUAUUAUCCUGGGUAUAAUGCUCGUCAUAUUCGUCAUUGGAGGAGGCUACGCCCUGUACAGAAGGUGUAAGAAAACCCACAAGAAAUGGAUGCGCCAGGAGGUCGCUCUAGCUGAACUGCAGCGUGCUGCUCGUACGGCUCCUAUAAGUGUUUGAGUGAAGUGUUAACGGAUAGCGGGUAUCGUGAAGUGUGUGUUAUCGGAUUUUUUUUUUGUGAUAGAGUUUCAACGGACUGAAAAACAAUUGCUACUAAGUGAUAUAGUGAACAAAGUUUCAUAUGAAGCAAUCUAAGGACAGUAAUGUGACGCCAAUGUAAGUUAAAAUAGGUAUAUUAAACUAGUAGUUAUAAUUUUGUGAUGGCAGAUGAAUUAUUGAAAUGUUACGAAGAGUUAAUCGUAAUAAGAAAAUAUUUAGUUAAAAAAGGGAAAUCAAGGUUUGAAGGUAACAUAACAAAAAAUCAACUGUCAAAAGUUAAUGAUAUUAUCAAUAGGUGUAAUAAUUUUAUUGCACAGUUUUCCCAACUAAAGGACGUAAAAUCAGGAGUUAUUGAGGAGACCAAUAAAUUGUAUGCUAAUAUUAGUAGUUUGCAUAACGAAAUAUUAGAGUUAUGUUCAAAGCCUGAGGCAGAAGGAAAUACAAGUAGCGAUAGCGAAUAUAGUGAAUUUGACACCAUGGAGUUCGAUUUAAAGUCAGCGUGUAGUCUUAUACCACUUAUGGAUGGUACUGAGGAAACAACAAAGAGAUUAAUAGAUGCUGUUGACAUGUAUUCGGGUAUGUUGAACGAGCCAGGUAAAAAGUCGCUAAUUACAUUUGUGUUAAAAGGAAGGUUGUCUGAAAGUGCGAAAUUACGUAUGUCAGAUACAUAUACGACCGUAGAGCUACUUAUAAGGGAUUUACGUAACUCACUUUUACCGAAAAAGUCUUUUACAGCAAUCCAUUCCCGACUUCAAAAUAUAAGUCAGGGCUGGCGUAGUAUAGAUCAGUAUGGAUCCGAAAUAGAGAAACUUUUUUCUGAGUUGACUAUAACUCAGGCAGAAGGUAAUUCGUCGAGUUAUGAUGUGCUUAAGCCGCUGAACGAAAAAAUGUGCAUUAAAAAGUUCACAGAUGGUUUGAAGGAUCCAAGGCUCAGCACCAUCAUUGCGGCGCGGAACUUCAGCAGCUUGAAGGAUGCUAUCCAGGCUGCGCAGGACGAAGAUGUAUCGAGGCCGACAACGUCCAGCCAACCGGAGGUCAUGGGUAUGUACCGCUCACAAAACUCAUUUAACAGGUACCACAGAGGCUUUGCUCACAACUCGUACAGAGGCCAUCGACAUCGUAAUCAAAGGGGUCCGCGACAGUACUCCUAUGGUCGAUAUCCUCAACCCCAACAAGGCAACUCGCGAGGAGGCAGCCGUGGAUACAAGUCACGAGGCAGGCCGGCACGAGGGGGUUCGUAUUUCGGGUCCCGUGCCCGAGGGGUCACCGCUCGUGGCAGCCUGCACGUGAUACGGCACGCCGAGAAUGGCUCGGCCGGUCAACACCCGAGUGCCCCAAAUACGGAAUCGCUGAAUCAUUUUUUUCGAGACUGA